AUGAUACAGACACUUCAAGAAGCUUUGCAGACCGCGGCCGCCAGCCCGGAUGGCGGGGCACUGUUCAUCUACCCGCUUGGGAACCCAGACGAGCCGGUGGAGAUAUCCUAUACCCGGCUGCUACAUCUAGCACGGCAGGCCGGUUCUGCUCUCCAAUUCCAACCGCGUUCCAUCGUCCUGCUGCAUUUCGAUAACCACUGGGACCGGGUACUAUGGCUCUGGGCGUCACUGUUGGCCGGGUAUAUUCCCGUGAUGUCGACGCCCUUCCCCGACAACACCAACCGACGGCUGGCCCACUUGGAACAUCUGUCUGAGCUCCUUAGCUCGCCAGCAUGCUUGACCUCGACCAGAAUGCUGCCUGCAUUUGAGGGUCAAGAGUCGAUUGUGCCGACCUGUGUUGACAGGCUGCACGUUGAAGACAGCAAUAUACACAUCUCGGAUGAUGCAGUUAGGGCUACUGCCAAAAGCCCUCAUCCGGAUGCGACUGCCGUGCUGAUGCUCACGUCCGGAAGUUCAGGGAGCUGCAAAGCGGUUGCCCUCACCCACGAGCAGAUCACUGCGGCCGUCGCUGGCAAACAUGGUAUCAUGCCCAUCGCUCCGUCCACGACGUUUCUGAGCUGGGUCGGACUGGACCACGUGGCCGGGCUGGUCGAGAUCCACCUCCAAGCCAUUUUCACAGGACACAGUCAAGUCCUCGUCGAGGCACCAGACGUCCUGAUGAGCCCUGGACACUUGCUCAGCCUUGUCGAGCGACAUCGCGUGGCCUGGACAUUCGCUCCGAACUUCUUCCUCGCGCGAAUGCAUGCGACGCUGCAGCAGCAGACGCCGGAGGGGAAAGGCCACGCAAGUGGUGGCUGGAACCUGAGCUCUCUGCAAUACCUCACCUCCGGCGGGGAGGCCAACACCACCCAGAUGUGCGAAGAAGUCGCCACCCUGCUUUCUCGCUACGGGGCACCACGCAAUGUGAUUGUCCCCGGCUUCGGAAUGACGGAGACCUGCGCUGGUGCAAUUUUCAAUACCCAAUUCCCCGAGCACGACAAGCGUCAUGGCUACGCGAUCGCGUCACUGGGGCGGUGCAUGGCUGGCAUUCAGGUUCGAGUCACCGAUGGCACCGGGACCAACAUCCCCGUUCCAGCGGGGGCACUGGGCCAUCUGGAAGUGAGCGGUCCGGUGGUGUUCCGGAGCUAUUUCCGCAACGAAGAGGCUACACGAUCAUCCUUUACGAGUGACGGGUGGUUCGUCACGGGGGAUCUGGCGAUGAGCGACGAGACCGAGGAUGGUCAUCUGCUCCUCAAAGGCCGGGUGAAAGAUGUCCUCAACAUCAAUGCCGUCAAAUAUAACCCGACCGAUAUCGAGGCCGGGCUGUAUGAGGCGGUCCCGCAGCUGACCUACGGCUCGGCGUGCUGCUUCUCCUCCCUUCCACCGGACGGACACACGGAGGAGAUUGUCAUCGUCUACCUCCCCUCGUACGAGCGCGAGGAUCUCGAGGCCCAUGUGCGGACGGUCCUCCCCAUUCGACAAGCAUGCCUCGAGAUGACCGGUUCUCGGCCCCAAGUCCUGCCGCUGAGUCGCACCAGCGUCGCGAAGUCCUCGCUGGGCAAGCUGCCACGCGCACAGAUCAAGGCGGCAUAUGAGCGGGGCGAGUACCGGAGCGCAGCCGAGGAAAGCGCGGAGCGAUUCGCCCUGUUCCGCAAGACCACGGAUCAAGAACCCCGGGACGAGUUGGAAGGCCAACUGCUCGCCAUCUUCAUCCACUCGGUCGACCACGCCACGGAAGACGAGUUCGGGGUGCAGACCUCCAUCCUCGAUCUGGGGAUCACCUCGAUCGAGCUGAUCAAGCUGAAGCGCCACGUGGAGAGGGACCUCACCUGCAUCCAGCCGGGCAGCAUCCCACUGAGCACGCUGAUGCGCAACACCACCGUCCGGGAUCUGGCCAGCGUGCUCCGCGGGUCCACCUCCGCCUCCACCUCCUCAGCACCAAACUCAACAUACGACCCCGUCGUCCCCCUGCAACGCCGCGGAUCCAAAACCCCCAUCUGGCUCGCCCAUCCCGGCAUCGGCGAGGUGAUGGCCUUCAUGAACCUAGCCAAGUAUUUCACCGACCGGCCCAUUUACGCGCUGCGCGCAGCGGGGUUCAACGACGGCGAAGCCCUGGCAACCUCCCUGCCCGUCAUGGUCCAGCAAUACCACGGCGCAAUCAAACGCCACCAGCCGCAGGGCCCCUACGCGCUAGCCGGGUAUUCCUACGGGGGGAUGGUGGCAUUCGAGCUAGCCAAGCUGCUGGAGCGCACCGGCGACACGGUCAGAUUCCUGGGCUCGUUCAACCUGCCGCCGCACAUCAAGGAGCGGAUGCGCCAGGUGGACUGGAAGACGGCGCUGCUGGAUCUGUGCAAUUUCCUGGAGUUGCUAUCGGAGCGUCAACGCGUGGAUCUGGGUAGCGAGUGCCAGGAGAUCUCGGACAGGGACAAGAUCCUGGCUCGUGUGCUGGGAGAGAUCGAUCAGGAGCGCUUCGCAGAGCUGGCCCUCUCCCCCGCCGCGUUGGCGAACUGGGCCCAGGUCGGGCAGAACCUGCACCAUCUCGCGGUGGAUUACGAGCCCUUGCCGUCGGUGGCGAGCAUGGACGUCUUCUACUGUAAUCCGAUCAAGGAGGUGGCGUCGGGCAAGGAGCAGUGGUUCAACGAGUUCAUCAGUCUCUGGCGGGACUUUACGCGGUCGGAGCCGCGGUUCCAUGAGGUGCAGGGGUCGCAUUAUACGAUGAUCUCGCCGGAGAAUGUGUUUAGGUUCCAGAAGACGAUGAAGGCGGCGCUGAGUGCGAGGGGGCUUUGA